AUGUCUUCUCCAAAUGAUAUCACUCUUGCUGAGUUUAACCAAACUUUGGCAAGAUAUCCUGCCUUGCUCAAUACGUAUGCAAAGGAUGUAAAGGAAGGUGUUGCUCCGCUACAAGAGCUUGAUAGAUUCAGAUACGUUGAGGCGCCAGCAAGAUUCAAGGAUGGAGCUCACAAUUUCUCUAUUGAAGAUGUCUCGAAGUUGGUUGAGUGGAAGCUUCGGCAUGGUGCCUACCGUCCAGGUUUUUUGAAGAAAGUUGGAAAAAACACCGAUGAGGCUGUAGAAGCUGCAACUAAAGAUGCUUUUGACUACUAUAAAGCCAAUCCCACCGAUAUUGGCACUGUUAUCAACAAGCUCAAGGAGCCAUUGAUGGGAAUUGGACCUGCUACUGCCUCCCUCAUCCUCGCUGUCCGUGAUCCCGAUCAUGUGACAUUCUUCAGUGAUGAAGUCUUCAAAUGGCUCGUCAAUGACGGAGAACACAAGCCAACACCAAAAUACAAUGUUGCCGAGUUCGAGAAAGUUCACGCCGCCGCAAAAACCUUGGCCGCUCGCCUUCGUGUCAACCCCCUUCAAAUUGAGAAGGUUGCUUUCGUCAUCAUUAAGGAGACCGAGCCAGUCUUUGUACCAAAGGAGAAGCCUGCCCCCAGUGGUCGUGGCCGAGGUCGUCCAGCCAAGCCCGACAGUGAGAAGAAGGUUAAGCCUCCGUCCGGACGUGGACGUGGCCGACCUGCCAGUGGUAUCGUCAAACCCAAACCUGCGCCUAAAGCUCCUAAAGAACCAAAAGCCGUCAAAGUUCCCAAGGCAAAGGCUCCAGCAGCUACUGUUGAGAAGGCUCCAGGAAAGAGGGGAAGACCAGCAAAGGCUGAGACUGAGGCUGCUGCUACACCAGGCUCGGGUAAGAAGAGAGGAAGACCUACCAAGGAUACCACCGAAGCUCCAGCAUCUUCCACCCCCGUUAGUAAAAAGAGAAAGGCAUCUGAUGAUGCUAGUACACCAGUUUCUGCGGGCCGUGGUCGUCCCAAGAAGGUCAAGGCUUGA